GAUCAGCUGGGCACGCGGGCUGUGUCAGCUGACCUUCGCUACCCUCAACAACAACAACACCUGAUCUCAGCAUGGCCGGCAUACUCAGGAAUUUUGCGCUAAAUGCUGCACGCAGCACACUAUCCAGUGUGAGAGUGCACCGCCACUUUUCUACUACCUCACGAUGCUUAGCCGUUGCCGUCACCAAGCCAGCACCCAGCUUCAAGGGUCAAGCAGUAGUAGGGGGGCAGUUCAAGGAGAUUACCCUCGAGGACUACAGAGGCAAAUACCUUGUACUCUUCUUCUAUCCUCUUGACUUCACUUUUGUCUGCCCAACCGAGCUGAUUGCCUUCAGUGAGCAUGUUGCAGCGUUCAGAACACUGGACUGCGAGGUGUUAGGAGUGUCCACAGACUCCCACUUUUCCCACCUGGCAUGGGAUAAUAUGCCAAGGAAGCAAGGUGGACUAGGAGGACUCAAAUAUCCCCUCUUAUCCGAUUUUAAUAAAAACAUUUCGCGUGAUUAUGGAGUGUUGCUUGAAGAUGAGGGCGUUGCACUGCGUGGUCUAUUUUUGAUUGACCCCGAAGGUGUAGUCAGGCAUAUGAGUAUCAACGAUCUCCCCGUCGGCCGCUCUGUUGAAGAAACACUUAGACUGCUCAAGGCAUUCAAGUUUGUUGCAGAGCAUGGAGAAGUUUGCCCAGCCAACUGGCAGCCGGAGUCGCCAACUAUUAAGCCUGAUCCAGCUGGUUCCCUGGAGUAUUUUGGGAAAGUACAUAAAUAGAAAACUUGCCAAAACCAUACAUUGCCAAGAUGUAUGGUGUGAUUGUUGUUGAUUCUGCUAUUGAUCAGAUACCAUCAAUUCUCAUCAGUGAGAAUUGUUGGUAUGGUUUAGAAUGAAGCAUUUGUUCAUGGGGAAAAAUUUAAGCUUUUCUGUGGGGAAGCAUUUCUAUGAAAUGUGGAUGUGGUAUAUCUAUUGACUUUUGUCCAGAAGUGCCAUGUAUCUUUACUUAACAUAGUCUGUUGCCAUUUUGGAGAUUAACAAGAACAUGCCCACAUCUAUGUAGGGUACACUGUCAUAAGUUAGAUCAGUGGUUAUGUAAUCAUCCCUAAGCCAUUGUAAUUUUUCAUAUACCUGUGCAGAUUUUUACAAGAAUGCUAGAAGAUCGGCACUUUAAAUUAAAUCCACUGCUGUGAUAGAUUGUGCUGCUGGUAGAUAAUCAAAUGAAAUCCUAAUGCCUACAUUAGUAUUUUGUAUGAAUAAACACAUCAAUUUUCUUUAAUUUGUUACUUGUAUAUAAUACAUCUUUUAUUCAGAUGGUAGACUUAUAAGUUGAUGUUAUUUUCUGCUAGCAUCACAGUAUUGUACUUUGGUGACCCGAAGCAAUGGUAAGUAAAGGGGGUGUGAGCAGCAAAAGGUGUUUAUAUACCAUACUCUGAUGGUUAGUAAUACCAGGAAGAAAUGAGAUGGCUUCCAUGAUAAUGAAUAUAUAGAUGCUAAAAUAAAAUUGUUUUUCUUAAA